AUGGCCGCCGUCUCGUCUCUCCGCUGUCCAUCGUCUCAGACCUUCAUCAUCUUCCUCUUCGUCCUUUCAGGCGGACAUGUGUCCUGUUUCCAGGUGCCCGAGGGGGGCGUGGCCUCCCUGUCCUGUCAGUACUCGGUGAAGCGAUGGGGUCUGAGCCGGGUCUGCUGGGGUCGCGGCUGCGGAACCUUCUGGUGCAGAGACGUCCUGGUGCAGACGGACGAGAGGGGCGUGGUCUCUCAGGUGGAGGACCGCUACCGGCUGAUGGGGGACAUCCUGGACGGACAGAUGGACCUGGACAUCGAGAACGUGCAGCGGACCGACAGCGGGCCGUACUGCUGCAGGGUGGACAUCCAUGGGAUCUUCAACGACAAGAAGGUGAUCAUGAACCUGAGAGUAGUGGAAGCUCCGGUUCCAACAUCUCCUGCAACCACCACAGGGACAGACCCGGUCUCCACAGUGAACUGGAGAACUCUGCUCUCGACUCAGCUGGAGCUUCUGAGGAGGAACUCCACCCGGCUGCGCUCCGGCCCUGUGGAGGACUCUCUACCCUCUCUCUCUCUUCACAUUAAUGUGACCGUGCUCUCUCUCUCCCUCACCGUGCUGUUGACCUUGGCCUCAGUCUUCCUCUUCCUGGCCUUCAGACGUGGAGUUUACAGCAGUGCCUUAUCGAGCGGCUGUUUCUCCUCUGAAGAACCUCCUCACAUCAUUUAUGAGAUCCGCAUGAGACGUCCGGUCCAGGAGAACAUCUACACUCUGGACUAG